GAAUGCGAACGAAACAAAAUGCCGAGAGCUGUCAAAAACCCUGAAAAAGCUCUACGUUGUAGCUUGGGUUUCUUUGGCUGGUGAAUUUUGCAAUUUUAACAGUGGAAAUCUUUCAGUGAAAGAAUGUCGCAACGUUUCCCCCCGGCUGGUCCAGGCAGCGCUCCGGGUGCUCCCGUACCGCAACGCUAUCCACCAUCGCCGGCUGGGCAAUCCAGUCAACCUCCGCCAGGAAUGCGUCCCUAUGGACCAGGAAAUAAUUUCCCACCCCGCGGAUACACUCCCCCACCGCAGAUGGCAGGUGGCACUCCCUCACAGAAUCCCCCUCCCAUGCAUCAGCGUCCAAUGCAACCCGGUUUCGGUCAAAGUAGCAGCAUGCGAGGAUCUCCAAUGCCCAGUGGAUCAUCUGGUAGUAGCAAAAGACCGUCGGAUAAUCGCAGUGCAGCUAAUCAGCCUCCCCAAAAGAGCGAAUAUCCGGCUAAAAAAAAGAAAAAGCUGGCAGAUAAAAUUUUACCGCAAAAGGUGCGUGACCUGGUUCCAGAAUCUCAAGCUUACAUGGAUCUUCUAGCGUUUGAACGUAAACUAGACGCAACAAUCAUGCGUAAAAGACUGGACAUUCAGGAAGCGUUGAAACGUCCGAUGAAACAAAAACGUAAGCUACGUAUUUUUAUUUCCAACACGUUUUAUCCGAGCAAGGAGAGAGACAGAGAGGAAGGUGGUGACUCGGGUGCAGAAAGUUUGGUUGCAUCCUGGGAACUCCGAGUGGAAGGUCGUUUACUGGAAGAUAACAAAUCCGAUCCAAACAAGAUUAAACGGAAAUUUUCAAGCUUCUUCAAAUCACUGGUUAUUGAACUGGACAAGGACCUGUACGGACCCGAUAAUCAUUUGGUCGAGUGGCAUCGCACACAUACCACACAGGAGACGGAUGGCUUUCAAGUGAAACGCCCAGGAGAUCGUAACGUGCGUUGCACAAUUCUGUUGCUGCUUGACUAUCAGCCACUGCAGUUUAAGCUGGAUCCUCGUCUAGCGCGUUUGCUCGGGGUUCACACCCAGACUCGACCCGUCAUCAUUUCCGCCUUGUGGCAGUACAUCAAGACGCACAAACUGCAAGACGCUCACGAACGUGAAUACAUUACGUGUGAUAAGUAUUUGGAACAGAUCUUCGGUUGUCAGCGGAUGAAGUUUGCCGAAAUUCCACAGCGUUUGAACCCACUUUUGCAUCCUCCGGAUCCAAUCGUGAUCAACCAUGUAAUCACCGUCGAGAGCGGCAUGGAAAACAAGCAAACUGCUUGCUAUGACAUAGAUGUCGAAGUCGACGACACGCUGAAGAAUCAAAUGAACAAUUUCCUUCUGAGCACUGCGUCCCAGCAGGAGAUUCAAACGCUGGACAGCAAGAUUCAUGAUACCGUUGAGACCAUAAAUCAACUUAAGACGAAUCGAGAGUUCUUCCUUAGCUUCGCGAAGGACCCGCAGACAUUCAUACACAAGUGGAUCGUUUCACAAACACGGGAUCUUAAAACGAUGACCGACAUCGUCGGUAAUCCGGAGGAGGAACGCCGGGCUGAAUUCUACUAUCAACCGUGGACUCAAGAAGCGGUGUCCCGAUACUUUUUCACCAAAGUUAACCAGAAGCGAGCUGAAUUGGAGCAGGCACUCGGAAUCCGGAACUCCUAGAAGCGGGAGGAACAGGAUGAAGCAGCCAGCGAUUCCCGGCCCGGUUAGGUUUUUGAUUGUUUGGAACAUUAAUUUUUUCUCUCCUUUGUUUGUAACGAUAGUCGAUCGACUUUAUAUACUCCUAAUCGUAGGUUUAAGUAAAAUUUUUUGAAGUCUUGCGCCCUCAAAUAAUGUCAAAAUAAGCCACACAAACUGAAAACAAAAUGUGCAUUUGAAUCUAAUGCGUUGAAAUAGCGUAAUAAAAAUACAAAUUUCCCAACCGAAACAAGUAAUUGAAAUUGAAUCGAAAAUAACAAAUAAAAUUAGUUGAAGUGAUUCAAAGGAAGAAAAUAAUUGAAGUAAUUGAUACAAAAACAAUGACGGUAACUGGUACUCAGUAAUAUAUGUUCCGACGUACUGCAUCGGAGAUUAUUAUGUAAACAGUAAACAGAUUAUACAGUUCGAUGUGCACAGGCGAAAGCCUUGGUGGAAGAAAUGACAUAAUAAAUCAAUGUACACGUAAUGAAUAGAAAAAAAAAAUAUUGUAAUGGUAUGCAAUAAAGUUUAUCAAGAUUUUGAAAUCA